CGGGCGCGGCGCCGCGCCGUCCCUGGGCGCCGCCCGCCCCGUUACACACAGCAUGUAAACAGUCCCCGCCGGGAGGAGCCCCGGCACCGGAGGGAGCCCGCCCUGCCCGGCCCCGCCGCCUGCCCCGGAGCCCGCGGAGCCGCGCGCUGCCCGCCCGGGAGGAGGGCGCCCGAGGAAAGAGGAGGGCGGGCGGGCGGCGCAGGGAGCAGGAGGCGGGCGGCGCGAGCGGAGGCUGGGGGAGCGGCGGGCGCGGCGGGCCAGGAUGGAUUUCCAGCAGCUGGCUGACGUUGCGGAGAAAUGGUGCUCCAACACGCCCUUCGAGCUCAUCGCCACCGAGGAGACCGAGCGCAGGAUGGAUUUCUACGCCGACCCCGGCGUCUCCUUCUACGUGCUGUGUCCGGACAACGGCUGCGGGGACAAUUUUCACGUGUGGAGUGAGAGCGAAGACUGCCUGCCUUUCUUGCAGCUAGCACAGGAUUACAUCUCCUCCUGCGGCAAGAAGACGCUCCAUGAAGUCUUGGAAAAAGUCUUCAAGUCUUUCAGACCUUUACUGGGGCUUCCGGAUACCGAUGAUGAUGCAUUUGAAGAGUACAGUGCAGACGUGGAAGAGGAGGAGCCAGAGGCGGACCACCCCCAGAUGGGGGUCAGUCAGCAGUAAACUUCCCAGGGCUCCCGCCUGAGAAGGAGUGUGAGCCCCGUGGUACCUGAGGUGGGGUCGCAUGCUCCUGGGUUAGCAUUUUGCGUUAGCACUUCGAAACAGGACGUCUGACUCCCAGCACCCAAAUUAAAAUGAAAUACCUUUUUAAUGACCACAAAAUAUCUGGGAUGAGCUUUGCUCAGAAGUGACCUGAAUCUUACUCCCGUUUCAGUGGGUUUCUAUGGAGUUGUCUCGGUAGCCUUUGCCGUUUUGAAUUUAGAGUCCAUUUUGUGGCUGGCCCUUCUCUGUUGAGUUUAUGUUAGAGAAUUAACAUUCGCUGACUUGAAUGUAGAGAACUCUGAAUGUAUGAAGGAUGUGUUUUGAGUCCUCACAGGUGACAUUAUUGAGGGGAAGCAUGGCAGAGAAGAAAUGCAGUCUGCACUUUUUAUGUACCUUUAAAAGUGUCCGUAAGUGAAAGGUUUGCUUAUAAAGCAUGAGUUUUAAUAUCUAGUCAUUCAACUUCACAAGUGCAAAUACAAGGGCAGAAAAGGAUAGUCACUUAGCUUUGGAUGAAGAGGGUAAGAGAGGCAAAGAGAGGCCUUUGUUUAAGUGUUCUGCCAUUACUGAGUUACCUGGAUAUGUAGCAACCAGUUCAUGGUUAGGUUUAAACCUUGCUUGCAUGUUCAAUUAUUUUCAAACAUGCUAAUUCCAAAGCCACUUUUAAAGUCUAAUAGUGGAAAAUAUAAAUGGGGUGAAAGACCUAAAUUACUGAUUUCUUUAAAAUGUUUAUAAACCGUCCCACAUAUGAAAUGAAACAUUUACCUUCUCUCUUUGUCAUGAGAUGGCAACUUGUUAAAUCAUGAGAACAUCCAGAAUCCAAGUGCCCCUUACACGUUGAAGCCAUAGAUAGAUUUAAUAGGAAAAUACACCAGGACAAAUUUUUUAAAAAUAUGAUGGAAUCCUUCUUUACUUUCUUAAUCUUUUUAUCUUUUACAAAACAAGAAAAGGAUCCCACUGUAUAAUUUAUUGAAAAAUUGUAAUCAGGUGUUUCAAGGAACCUAAUUACAGUGAAUUUUUAAAGCGACACGAACGUGGGAAUCUUCUAAUCGUGGGUUAGCUUGGUUCGAAGAGGAAGUUUUAAUGAUCAAAAUACUCAGACAACUCACAGAAACAACUGCUAUAAUAACUGGAAACACUGCUGUCGUCAUUUAGCCAACAAAUACUUAUGAGGGAAAUCCCCAUAACGCUAACAUGGAAUUAUUGAAAACAUUCGCUUUCUUGGACCCUUCCGCAUCUCUGGUUCUAAUAACUUAGGAUGCAGAGUGUCUCUUUUACAACACUUAACUAAACGUAGCAUCUGGGGUGGGAAUGUUUGUGCUAUGCACGCAUGUGCCUGUUAGGUUGUCAAAGUUUUGGAUUUGAAAAAAAGCAACCACAGUGGAGGCCACAGAGCUCCUCAGAGUCUUGUACAUCUUCCAGGCGUGUCGGUGUAAACCUGAUUCUGGAAACCUUUUCUGUUUGAUUGGUGCUGUGAGGAGCGUGGCUGCUCUCGGUAGAACAGUGUACUCCAGUGUCGAGUCAUUGGGUAAAGUGAUAGAGUGGUUUCCAUCCUGGCUUCAGGACCCACUUUUUUUUUUUUCUUUUCUUGGAAAAACAUAUUAAAGGUUAAUUUCAAGUAAAAUGAAUUUCCCUCUGACGAGGCUGUUAACACAGCAACCCUUGGUGUUUCACCCCGUGGGGUGACAUGCUCCGUGCUUUGCUCCCUGGCCCUGUUCUGAGAGGUGCAGUCCCUGAGCAAAGCUGACUGUGGGCUGUCCCUUCUCCUGAAGGUAUGGCCCAGGUUUGGGGGAACCUCUGUGUUAACACAAUAGGCUGCAAGAGUGACUUCAGCAACUGAAAUGAGGAAGCUUUGCUAGCUUGCUCUAUUCGAAGGUGAACUGGAAUUUCAUAUGUAGAGGCUUAAAAUCUAAAUUUACAUGUGUUUGAAAAUGGAAUAGACAUUAAUAUAAAAUGUAUUUUAUCAAAAAAGUGUUCAGACUUUGAUCAAAUACAUUUUGGUAUUAUUAUGUUAAUGUUCUCUGUUUGUAAAAAUUGAGCUGUGCUAGACUCAGCCGUUCAGCAGGCUGAGGAGAAGUCUGGUCUUUUUUCCACCCUAGGAGUAAGGACAACAUGGAGUAUGUUACUUAUUUUCAUGGCAAACCCCCCAAAGGUGUUAGCCAAUCGCAUUGUUUCCUGUAAAACUUCUUUUACUCUGGUUGUGUGCCCCCCGCCAGUGCUCGCUCACACCCGCACGCACUCUCCCUGCACUGUGGAUUCUGUUUGGGUUGUGCAUGGCGUUAGAGCUCUCACGGUGCAGAGCUUCCCCUGGUGGGUCAGGGAGUCAGGCAGCCUCUGGUUUUUGAUAGGGAAGUGGUUCCCUGGCUGCACAAGUUCCUGAGUUGCACAAGCAUAUAACACACUUACCAGGGGGCAGCAUGGCACAGCGGGAGGAGCGCUGGCCCAGGAGUUAAGAGAGAGACCUGAGUUCUAGUCCUGACUGCCAGCGACGGCGUGAUCUUGGGCAGGCCACUUAACUAGCCUGAAAUAAGGGGUGUUUGCCCUCCCUGCUUAGCCACUAUCCUUCCAUGACUGCCUUAUGGUGUGUGUGUGUGUGAAGAGCAGCAGUCAAGGAAACUGUUCGGGAAAUGAGAAGGAAAUACAUUUUGAAUCCUGCUGUCUGUGGGAUCCUAGCCCUGGCACUGCCUUAGAACAUGUUUCUGUUGGUCUCUGAGUGUCCAGACCCCCUGGGGCCUGAUCCCGAGGGGCUGAUGAAAUUCUCGUCCUUAGAUGAGAGGGUAAAGUAAGGCCCCAGCAGAUAGAGAAAACCUACUUGUGCCAGUUGUGCAUGCUCUGCCUGUGGGAGACAUAGCUUCUCUUUGUGCCCUGACAGUCUAGGGCUUUGGAAACGGAAUAAGUUUAACUUAACUGAGAGGGGGAGGUUUGCAUGAAGAGCUGGAAGAGAGUGCAAGACACGUUCUUUUACUUUUUGCCGUGUCAUCCAACAGAGAGAAAGAGAAGUAAUGGAGUGAGUGUGUGUGUGUGUGUGUGUGUGUGUGUGUGUGUGUAGGUGUGUGAAUGGGGGAAUGAUUGAUUGCUGGUUGAUCACUGUGGGCCCGCUGUAAAAUCAGGCCUAUGAUAAUGUUACAAAACCUUGAUCCUGGGUUUGAGUGAAUCACAGAGACAUUUUUCUCAUGGCUACCUAGUUACUUCCUCUGCCUGAUAAUCAUACUGAGCAGACUUCAGGGAAUCGGAGAAUGAGUUAUGGAGCCAGGAGGGAGGCAAGACCCCACACAAGGCCUGCUGCCACCCUGGACUCAGUUACACUGAGGUGUCCAUUCAAGUAUCCCUGGCUCAUGGCAGCGUGUAGUUCUUUUUUUUUUCCAUGACUAGAAAACGGAAAGUCUCUCAUUUAGGAAUUCCCCUUGGUCCUGGUACCAGAAUUAGGUUUCCAGUGUACUUAAGUGAAAACCUCUCUCCUCGCAUAGUGACUGUCAUUUUUCAAAUAUAAGCAGAAACCUGUCUCUAGCACAGUUACGUCUCUGAAUAUUGUUUCUGUUUCAUAAGAGCACAAAGUGUAUGGAGCUAGGGGAGCUGUGAUACCAGAGCAGCAUCAGAGAUUGUCCUUUAGGAACCUGCCUUGCAUAUUAAAAUUCACAAGGUGGGAAAGGGGUAUGAACAAAUCUGAUUUCACGUGGUGUGAGAGGCAGUUAGGAGUAGGCAGGACUUAAUCUGGGGUGGGAGAAGAUGAGUAAGGGAGAAUGGGAGACGUAGGGUUUGAUUCUUUUAAAAAAAAAAAAAAAAAGCCAGGAGGCAGUUACCAUAUAAGGUACAGGAAAACUGUUUUCAUGGCUAUCUUGCUAGGUAGGAGCCUGCUUUCCUCAAAGGGACUGCCUGCAUGUUGAGAGGCAAGGCCUGUGAUAGGAAUGGCUUUGUGGCUUUAAAAUGCACCCCAGCCAAGGAGAAAAUGAGUGUCCUGCAAAUCUGGUGGGGCUCUUUUCCUCGAUAAACCAGCUGCCAGCCAGAGAAGCUUGUCUUGCCAAAGUAACACCUGGCAGGCAGAACGUGAACCAAACUUGAUCUUGCUGUCAGCUGCGGAGGAGGCCAUGGGUCAGGAAUGCCCCCACAGGCCAGAGCUUCCCGACUCCACCGAGCUUCAGGGUGGUAGAAAGAGCACAAUUAAAACUCAAGUGGAUCACAGAUCCCUCUUCCCCUCUAGUGAGUGUCCAAAGAGAUGCCAUUGCUGAUUACUUAGUCUUCAGAUUUCCAGAGAAUCCUAAAAUUCUUUUGAAUUCAAAACUAAUCCUCUUUCAUAAAGACCCAAUCGGUUAUCUUGGUUUUGUGAUACCAGGUGUGACAUGAAAGACUGAAGUCUUUUAGAUUUUAUACAGAAUAAUUCUGAAACUUGCCAGAAUGCCAGUAGCCUCUGGUGUCCAUGGCAACGUGGUGUCCAUGGUUAAAUAUCUAUAGCUCAUGUUCAUUGGGCAAAUUGUUAAAUAAUAUGUUGUCUUUGAUAUUUUUGUUUAAAUUUGGAUUACAAAAAGAGAGGACCUCUGAGCAUUUCAUGUUAGAAACCCCAUUUAAAGCAGUGUAAGGCUGAAUAGGCACAAGAAGUUAAAAACGUGCACCAGGCCACAUAAAAGUAAACAUUUAAUUUGCUGAGAACUGUAUUCAAGUUAUGUGGUAAAACAAAGCUGACAGUCUGUUCUUUGUAAAAUGGCCUUUCCAAGGUUUUUCUUUUGUUUUUGUUUAUUAAGAUUCAUUUUUUACUUUAAGUACCUUCUGAUGGCAAGGCAGGUAAAGAUACAGAGCGGUACUCUGUACACGUGUCAGCUUUUUAGAGGAGAAAGUAAAUGGUUAAUUUUAAGGAAAACUUGAAACUAUCUGUGAACCAGUCUUAUUUGUGUAUGAGAGCAAAUUUUAGCCUUCUACACGAGAAGCAAAAGCAAAGAACAGUUUUGGGUUUUCUUUUUAGGCAAGGAAUGUUUCAUGCAAGUGUGUAUGCUUUCUUUGCCUUUAUGUUUCCUUUCAAAGAAAUCUCUUGUAAAUUACAAAACUGUGAAAUGGGUUGCCAAAAAUUGUUGCUGUUCGGUAGAUGAUGCUUCAAGCGGUGUAAAUCCUCAAUUGAACCCUGUCCACAUCUGGUCCUUCCUCCCUCCCCUGAGAGUGAGGAUCUCAUCUAACGAUGUAAUUACCAUACGCUUGCUAUUAAAGAGCCUUCCAAAC